UUUUUUUUUCUUUCUUUCUUUCUCUCUUUUAAAUAUAUAUACAUAUAUAUUCUUCCUUUUUCUAUGUCAAUCACAGAUUCACCUUCACAAGAUAUUAAAUUAACGCCAGAUUCAUUAGCUUCUUCUUCUAUUGAACAAAGUCAGGAACAAUAUCAUCAUCAUCCUCAUCAUUCAUUAAAAAAGCCCAGAAAUUAUAAAUAUUGGUCAGAUAAUGAAGUAAGAAGAAUAUUACAUUGGUUAACAUUACCAGAAAAUGAAGGAAAAUUAGUACGUAAUAAAGCACAGGCAUGUCGUGAAGUAGCCAAGGUAUUAUUUAAUGGAGACGAAUAUAUGGCUAUCUCUAUUAGGUCAAAAUUGAUGGCACUAGAAAAGGCGUUUCGAGAAGCAGAACAACUAAGGUUACAACUUGAUCAUCAUAAUGAAGCAAUGAUAAAUGAUAAAGUAAAAGAAGUCAACAAGUUCUAUAAAGAAUGUAAACAAUUAUUCGGUGGUAUACAACAAAAUGAUUCAAUCAAUCACUCACCUACUAAUAGACAUUAUCAUUUACCAUCUUCUUCUCGUCUUGAUAGUAAUGAUAUUAUUAUAUCAACACUUGAUCAUAAUAAUAAAAAUUACUCAAAUCCACUUUUACCGCCUCACUUGACGAAUGAAGAUAGUCAGCCAUUAAGGCCUUUAUCUAAUCCUAAUCAUACUUCGACGACGACAACAACAGCAACAACAUCAUGGAACCUUCCACGUGUAUCCUCUUCUUCUAUCAUUGAUUUACCUCUUCCUUCCCCUUCUUCUUCUUCUUCAUUAGAUCAAAGUACGAUGAGGCAAUUCUCAUUGAAAAGAUCAAGAGAAGAGGAAGAGGAAUCAAAGAGAGUUAAAAUAGCCCGUUAUGCAGCUAAACAAGCAGAACACGAACGAUAUAAAAUGCAAUAUGCUAUACAACUCGCAAAGAUUAAUUUAGAACGUGAUAGUUUGGCGAUUAAAAAAGUUGAACUUGAAUUAGAACUUGCAAAAUUGACAAAAAAAAGACAAGACGAUUAAAUAAGAAAUGGAUAUAAUAUCCUAUUUAUUCAUUCAUUCAUUCUAAACAAGUAUUUAUUUAUUAUUUUCUUGAGACCCUCCUUUUUUCUUAGUAGGCAGGAAAGAAGAACAAAGUGUAGAAAUUAAAUGAGUGCUACAAAAUAUAUAUAUAUAUAUAUACAUAUAUACUCUAUAUCUUAUUCUCUCUUAACAAAUUACAUAUAGAUUACACACAUGAAUGAAUACAAUAA